UUGCAUAUGAUAAUGUUAAGCUCUUUAUCCUUUUCCAGAUGACCUUGGUAUGUCCAUUUGCCACUCUCUCAUGGAUUCCCUUUCUCUACACCUCUCUUAUCCACCCUUCCCCAAAACCCAAAAACUCUUCACCACCAAACCCUUUUCUCUUCUCUCAAACCCUAAUCCACUCCACUCUUCAUCUUUUCCUCAACCCCAUUUCAACAAAAAAAUCUCAAUUUCUCAUUCUCCUAUCCCACUUCAAAAUCUCUUCAAAAAAUCCACUUUUUCAUUUUCUAUAAUCAACCUCUUUACUCCAUUUCAAUCUCUUGCUGUUGAAGCACCUACUUUAACCGAAUCAGAUGCAGGCAGAAUCAACUUAGAAUCAAUUCUUGUUUCCAUUGAUGAUUUUUUCAACCGAUAUCCAUUUUUUGUUGCUGGGUGUAGCUUUAUUUAUCUUGUUGCUAUCCCUUUAGCAGAAGAGUAUUUCAGGAAGUAUAAAUUUGUUUCAGCCAUUGAUGCUUUCAGAAAGCUUCGUGAUGAGGCGGAUUCGCAGUUGUUGGAUAUAAGGGAUAGGAAGAAUGUGAAGUUUCUUGGGUCACCUAGUUUGAAGAUGGUGAAUAAGGAAGUUGUGCAGUUUGAGUUUGUUGAGGGAAAUGAAGAUGGAUUUGUUAAGAAAGUUUUGGAGAGGUUCAAGGAUGCUUCAAAUACUGCUGUCUUUGUUUUGGAUAGUUUCGACGGUAAUUCCAUGAAAGUUGCUGAGUUAUUAUUCAAGAAUGGUUUCAAAGAGGCCUAUGCCAUCAAAGGUGGAGUUAGAGGCCAACAAGGGUGGAUGGCUAUACAGGAUACCCUUUUGCCCCCUUCUGUCCAUAUAAACCGAAGGAAAAAGACUAAAGUGCCAAAAGAACUCAAUACAAAUGGAAAUGGGGCCAUUCAGCAAAGUGAUAAUAAAAACGAGAGUUUGGUAUCCUCAGAUACCCCUGCGGUUGGAAAUCAAGAGACAGAAAAUGAUCAUGUGAAAAAGUCUGUAGAGUCCAAUCCGGAAAUGAAAAUCAGUUCAGUAGUUUCCUCUUCUCCCUAUCCCAAUUACCCAGAUUUGAAGCCACCAUCAUCUCCAAGUCCAUCAAAGCCACAAUAAUGAUGUUAGCAAUGCCACCAUACUCAACUAGCAUCUUUGGGGAAGAAAAUUAUUUAUGCAAAGACCGUAUGAUUUGUUGACUGUUUUAAUUAUAAUUUUACAAUUAUUCUUUCUCUUCUUGUUGAGUUUUAGAGAUAGUGUAAAGCAUGUGAUCCUCGUAAACUUUACAAACAAUAAUCUGGUUCCGGCUGUUUAGUAUCUGCACCACAUACAAAGACUUGGUUGCCAACAAAUGUAGUGAUUAAUGUUGACGGAAUCUUAGCAACAAUGAGAAAUGAAUUUUGGGUAAUUGGUAA